AUGGCACCAUUUGUUGAAGACGAGAACAAUGUUGGUGCCACGAACGGAACGAGCCGUACAGAUAGCUCAUCGACCAAUGGUACAACCAACAGCCACAAGACACCCGACCCAAACGGUAUGAUCUUGUCUCAGCUGCCGGAGAACCAUGACCCUUUGCAGCCGUACAAGAUUGAUAAGUUUGACGACGGCCUGAGAUACGAUACCCUUCAGAUUCAUGGAGGACAUCGGCCCGAUAAGGAGACGCAUGCUCGCGCAGUACCCAUUUAUAAUAGCGUGUCCUUCGUUUUCACUGAUAGCAAUCAUGCUAAGAGAAUUUGCUCAACCGAAGAGGGUGGAUAUUUCUACAGUCGAAUCUCCAACCCAACAGUUGCAGUCUUCGAAAAGCGCGCAGCCGCUCUCGAAGGUGGCACAGCGGCCAUCGCCACAUCCUCAGGUCAAGCAGCAAUCUUCAACACGAUCAUUUGUCUCGCAGGAGCAGGCGACAAUAUUAUUGCUUCGAUCAACUUGUAUGGAGGAACCUACAGCCUAUUCAAGACGUUGCUACCACGACUCGGCAUCACAGUCAAAUGGGCGAAGCGCGAGACAAGAGAAGAGUUCGAACAGUACAUCGACGACAAGACGAAGAUGAUCUUCGUCGAAACCAUUGGAAACCCACGAUGUAGCAUUCCUGACCUCCAGGACUUGGGAGAUCUUGCGCAUGAGAACAAUGUUCCCUUUGUAGUGGAUAACACCUUUGGCGCAUGCGGAACUUGGUGUCGACCAAUCGACUUCGGCGCGAAUGUCAUUGUCCAUUCCGCAACCAAGUGGAUGGGCGGUCAUGGAACCACAUUAGGAGGCGUGAUCAUUGAUUGCGGUACAUUCGACUGGGGCAAAGCCAUUCAUCGCUUUCCUCGCCUCUCAAACAAAGACGGGCCGAUGAGUUUCUCCUACUGGAAAUCUUUUGGCAAUAUUUGUUUCGCCAUGGCAAUGCGAAUCGAUAUUUUGAUGGAGGUGGGAUCCAUGCUGGCCCCAGCAUCGGCGCAGCAGUUGUUGAUAGGCAUGGAAACGUUGAGUAUAAGGUGCGAGAGACAUGCGAGAAACACGAUGCAGGUUGCAAGGUUCUUGCAGGCGCAUCCUAGAAUUGCUUGGGUGAACUAUCCUGGCUUGGAAGGAAACAUCUAUCAUGAGAACGCAAAGCGAUAUCUGAAGAACGGCUUUGGUGGCGUACUGGCGUUUGGGCCCAAGGGUGGUGAAGUGGCGAGCAAAAUGCUCAUGAAUUACGUCAAGGUCGUUUCGCAUCAAACCAAUGUCGGCGAUGCUAAAACGCUGGCAACCCAUCCAUGGAAUUCGACCCAUGUGAUCAUGUCAGAGAAAGAUAGACGCGAAGCUGGAAUCACUCCCGCUUUCAUUCGUUUUUCGGUCGGCAUUGAAGAUGUCCAAGACAUCAUUGACGAUCUCGAUCAAGCUUUGGCAAAACUCCCUGAAGAUCUUCUCAAUGCCUUUGAUGAGAAGUUGAUCCAGAAAUUGGAAACUCAUGCAAAGGACGAAGUCCUGAUUGGUGAUUUGGCUGAUUAUAACGAUACGGAUGUCCUGGUUUCGAAGACGAAUCAUCCACCUGGGCGGCAACAGGCUGUUGAGAGUUGA